CAUGUCCAAUCAAUUUAAUUUACCACAGGUGGACUCCAAUCAAGUUGUAGAAACAUCUCAAGGAUGAUCAAUGGAAACAGGAUGCACCUGAGCUCAAUUUGAGUCUCAUUGCAAAGGGUCUGAAUACUUACAGUACCAGUCAGAAGUUUGGACACCAGCUCAUUUUAAAGGUUUUUCUUUAUUUUUUACUCUUUUAUACAUUGUAGAAUAAUAGUGAAGACAUCAAAACUAUGAAAUAACACACAUGGAAUCAUGUAGUAACCAAAAUAGUGUUAAACAAAUCAAAAUAUAUUUUAUAUUUGAGAUUCUUCAAAGUUGCCACCCUUUGCCUUGAUGACAGCUUUGCACACUCUUGGCAUUCUCUCAACCAGCUUCAUGAGGUAUUAACCUGAAAUGCAUUUCAAUUAAAAGGUGUGCCUUGUUAAAAGUGAAUUUGUGGAAUUUCUUUCUUUAAAACUUCUCUGGGAUAUGUGGGACGCUAGCAACAGCCAGUGAAAUUGCAGGGCGCCAAAUUCAAAACAACAGAAAUCUCAUAAUUAAAAUUCCUCAAACAUACAAGUAUUAUACACCAUUUUAAAGAUAAACUUCUCGUUAAUCCAGCCAUGGUGUCUGAUUUCAAAAAGGCUAUACAGCAAAAGCACACCUUGUGAUUAUGUUAGGUCAGCGCUAAGUCACAGAAAAACAUACAGCCAUUUUCCAAAGAAGGAGAGGUGUCACAAAACUCAGAAAUAGCGUUAUAAAUAUUCACUUACCUUUGAUCUUCAUCGGAAUGCACUCCCAGGAAUCCCAGUUCCACAAUAAAUGUUUGUUUUGUUCGAUAAAGUCCAUCAUUUAUCAUCCAUUCAUUUGUUCACGCGUUUAGCCCGGUAAUCCAAAUGCUCAAUGCGCGAUCACUUAGUUCAGACAAAGUCAAAAAAGUCAUAUUACAGUUUAUAGAAACAUGUCAAACGAUGUCUAGAAUCAAUCUUUAGGAUGUUUUUAACAUAAAUCUUCAAUAAUGUUUCAACCGGACAAUUCCUUUGUCUUUAGAAAUGAAAAGGAACGCAGCUAGCUCUCAUGCCUCUCAUGCCAUGCGUGCCUUACUGUGCUCAUGGCAUUCUGCCAGACCUCUGACUCAAACAGCUCUUAUUCUCUCCCCUUUCACAGUAGAAGCCUGAAACAAGGUUCUAAAGACUGCUGACAUCUAGUUGAAGCCUUAGGAAGUGCAAUAUGACCCCAUAGACACUAUAUAUUGGAUAGGCAAUGACUUGAACUGUUCUACCUUAUUAUUAUUCGACCAUGCUGGUCAUUUAUAAACAUUUGAACAUCUUGGCCAUGUUCUGUUAUAAUCUCCACCCGGCACAGCCGGAAGAGGACUGGCCACCCCACAUAUGCUCUCUCUAAUUCUCUUUCUUUCUCUCUCUCGGAGGACCUGAGCCCUAGGACCAUGCCCCAGGACUACCUGACAUGAUGACUCCUUGCUGUCCCCAGUCCACCUGGCCGUGCUGCUGCUCCAGUUUCAACUCUUCUACCUUAUUAUUAUUCGACCAUGCUGGUCAUUUAUGAACAUUUGAACAUCUUGGCCAUGUUCUGUUAUAAUCUCUACCCGGCACAGCCAGAAGAGGACUGGCCACCCCACAUAGCCUGGUUCCUCUCUAGGUUUCUUCCUAGGUUUUGGCCUUUCUAGGGAGUUUUUCCUAACCACCGUGCUUCUACACCUGCAUUGCUUGCUGUUUGAGGUUUUAGGCUGGGUUUCUGUACAGCACUUUGAGAUAUCAGCUGAUGUACGAAGGGCUAUAUAAAUAAAUUUGAUUUUGAUUUGAUUUGAUUUGAAAAACUACAAACCUCAGAUUUCCCACUUCCUGGUUGGAUUUCUUCUCAGGUUUUUGCCUGAGUUCUGGUAUAUUCACAGACAUAAUUCAAACAGUUUUUAGAAACUUCAGAGUGUUGUCUAUCCAAAUCUACUAAUUAUAUGCAUAUUGUAGCUUUUGGGCCUGAGUAGCAGGCAGUUUACUCUGGGCACCUUAUUCAUCCAAGCUACUCAAUACUGCCCCCCAGUCCCAAAGAAGUUAAUGCGUUUGAGCCAAUCAGUUGUGUUUUGACAAGGUAGGGGUGGCAUACAGAAUUUGGUAAAAGACCAACUCCAUAUUAUGCCAAGAACAGCACAAAUAAGCAAAGAGAAAUGACAGUCCAUCAUUACUUUUAAGACAUGAAGGUCAGUAAAUCAUGAAUUUCAAGAAAUUUGAAAGUGUCUUCAAGUGCAGUCGCAAAAAAAAAAUAGUGAAAAUAAAGAGGAACCCUUGAAUUAGUAGGUGUGUUCAAACUUUUGGCUGAUACUGGAAAUAAGGUAUUUCUGUUUUUUAUUUUUAAUAAAUUAGCAAAAAACUCUACAAACAUAUUUUCGCUUUGUCAUUGUGGGGUAUUGUGUGUAGAAUUUUUAGAAUUUGGCUGUGAAGUAACAUUUGGAAAAAGUCAAGGGUUCUGAAUACUUUCCGAAUGCACUGUUUGUAUGUAUACUGAACAAAAAUGUAAACGCAGCAUUCAUUCAAAGAUUUUAUAGUUAUAGUUCAUAUAAGGAAAUAAGUCCAUUUGAAGUGAAUGAAUUAGUCCCUAAUUUAUGGAUUUUACAUGACUGGGAAUACAGAUACAUCUGUUGGUCAGAUACCUUUAAAAAAAAAACGUAGGGGCAUGGUUCAGAAAACCAGUGUGACCACCAUUUGCCUCAUAUAGCGUGACACAUCUCCUUUGCAUAGAGUUGAUCAGGCUGUUGAUUGUUUCCUGUGGAACACAAUGUCAUACACGUUGAUCCAGAGCACCCCAAACAUGCUUAGUGGGUGACAUGUCUGGUGAGUAUGCAGACCAUGGAAGAACUGGGACAUUUUCAGCUUCCAGGAAUUGUGUACAGAUCCUUGCGACAUGGGGCCGUGCAUUAUCAUGCUGAAACAUGAGGUGAUGGCGGCGGAUGAAUGGCACAACAAUGGGCCUCAGGAUCUCAUCACGGUAUCUCUGCAUUCAUUUUGGUUAGAAAAAUGAACAUUAGAUUCUCUGGCAACAGCUCUGGUGGAUAUUCCUGCAGUCAGCAUGCCAAUUGCACGCUCCCUCAAUUUGAGACAUCUGUGGCAUUGUGUCGUGUGACACAAAUGCUCAUUUUAGAGUGACCUUUUAUUGUCCCCAGCACAAGGUGCACCUGUGUAAUGGUCAUGCUGUUUAAUCAGCUUCUUGAUAUGCCACACCUGUCAGGUAGAUGGAUUAUCUUGGCAAAAGAGAAAUGCUCAUGAACAGGGAUGUAAACACAUUUGUGCCAAAUAUUUGAGAGAAAUACGCUUUUUGUGCAUAUGGAACAUUUCUGGGAUCUUUUAUUUCAGUUCAUGAAACAUGGGACCAACACUUUACAUGUUGCAUUCAUAUUUUUGUUCAGUGUAUGUCCUCAUGCAUAUGUCCUCAUGCAUAUGUCCUCGUAAUUCAAAUGUCCUCAAAAUUCACAACAGAUUUGAGGAACCCUGAUCCAAUUGGCUCCGGCACCACCCUACCAGGUGACCUUACAGCGGGGGAGACGGGUAAGGAGACCCAGCCACAGCCUCCCCUGUCCAACAGUGCAUUGCACCGUGCCCACCUCCACCAUGUCCACCCCCAGCGGCAGCCCCGAGAGAGAGUGCUCCACAGGGGGACCCAACCAGCUGGAGUGUCCCCCUUCCUCUCCCCCUGGCAUGGACCAUUCCAUGGGCAGCCCCCUUCUCAGCCCGGACUCAUCUUGCCAAGAUGCCAUGCUCUCGGCCCCCGCCGCCUCCCCCGCCGACUCUGAGAGCCUGAGCCCUGACGAGCUAGAGCUGCUGGCCAAGCUUGAGGAGCAGAACAGACUUCUGGAGGCGGACUCCAAGUCGAUGCGCUCGAUGAGCGGCUCGCGGCGGAACAGCGGCUCGUCCCUUGUGUCAAGCUCCUCUGCCUCGUCCAACCUGUCCCACCUGGAGGAGGACACCUGGAUCCUGUGGGGACGCAUCGUCAACGAGUGGGAUGAAUGGAGACGCAAGAAGGACAAGCUGCUCAAGGAGCUGAUCCGCAAAGGCAUCCCACACCACUUCCGGGCCAUCGUGUGGCAGCUGCUUGGUAACGCCACAGACAUGCCAGUGAAGAACCAGUAUUCUGAGCUGCUCAAGAUGUCCUCGCCCUGCGAAAAGCUCAUCCGCCGGGACAUCGCCCGCACCUACCCCGAGCAUGAGUUCUUCAAGGGCCAGGACAGCCUGGGUCAGGAGGUGCUCUUCAACGUCAUGAAGGCGUAUUCUCUGGUGGACCGGGAGGUGGGCUACUGCCAGGGCAGUGCCUUCAUCGUGGGCCUGCUGCUCAUGCAGAUGCCAGAGGAGGAGGCGUUCUGUGUGUUUGUGCGUCUGAUGCAGGAGUACCGUCUGAGGGAGCUUUUCAAACCAACCAUGGCUGAACUAGGUCUCUGUAUCUACCAGUUUGAAUACCUGCUGCAGGAGCAGCUCCCGGAGCUGAACGUCCACUUCCGUUCUCAGAGUUUCCACACCUCCAUGUACGCCUCCUCCUGGUUCCUGACUCUCUUCCUCACCUUCCUCCCCAUGCCCGUCGCCACACGCAUCUUCGAUAUCUUCAUGUAUGAGGGUCUGGAGAUUAUAUUUCGUGUGGGCAUGGCCAUUCUGCAGUACAACCAGACUGACCUCAUCCAGUUGGACAUGGAGGGCAUGUCUCAGCACUUCCAGAAGUUGAUCCCUCACCAGUUUGACAGCUGCCCAGACAAGCUGAUCCUGAGGGCCUACCAGGUCAAAUACAACCCCAAGAGGAUGAAGAAGUUGGAGAAAGAGUACACCACAAUCAAGAACAAAGAGAUGGAGGAGCAGAUAGAGAUCAAGUGUAGGUUACGCACAGAGAACAGGCUUCUGAAGCAGAGGAUUGAGACAUUGGAGAAGGAAAGUGCUGCUCUAGCAGACAGGCUGAUACAGGGUCAGGUGACGCGGGCGCAGGAGGCGGAGGAGAACUACGUGAUCAAGCGGGAGCUGGCGGUGGUGAGGCAGCAGUUCAGUGUGACCAGUCAGAACCUGGAGAAAGCCCAGGACACCAUCGGAGAACUGCAGCGGGAGAAGUACACAGAGCAGUAUGUGACCAGUCUGCAGACGCAGCUGGAGCAGUCCCGGCUGCAGGAGGCAGACCUACUGGGAGCCCUCAAAGAGAUGCAGGACAAAGUACUGGACCUAGAGAAGAGGAGCAGCUCUCUGCCUGAUGAGAACAACGUGGCCCAGCUACAGGAUGAGCUGAAGCUGGUGAAGCUCCGAGAGCUGGAGACACUGCACUCCUUCAGAGAGAUGCAGGACACGGUGACCGAGCUCAACCAGCGUUGGCAGCUCCACAUGUCAAAAGGCGGCGGGGGUGGAGGUCACUGGAAGGAAUCCCCCAAGAAGAACGCCCUGAAUGAGCUGCAGGAGAAGCUGAUGGGGGUGCGUCUGAGAGAGGCCCAGGCCCAGGCUGAACUCAGGGAGGUCAAACUCCAAGCCAUACAGCUGGAGAGCAAGAACCAGAUUCACAGCAAGCUGAUUGGGCGCCAUGAGGUGGAGAGCGCCGCCAUGCAGGAGAGGCUGCAGCAGCUGGCGGGCCAGAACAAGGGGCUGCAGUCCCAGCUCACCGAGAUGAAGAGGAAACGGGCCGAGCUCGACUGCAAGAGUAAAGAGGAGGUGAUGGCGGUGCGCUUGCGGGAGGCUGACAGCAUGGCCGCCAUAGCUGAGCUAAGACAGAAGAUAGCUGAGCUGGAGAUACAGAAGGAGGAGGGUCUGAUCCAGGGCCAGCUGAACCACUCUGACUCCAGGCAGUACAUCACCCAGCUUCGAGACCAGAUCGGAGAGCUCAAGAACGAGAUCAGGCAGCUCCGCGGGCAGCGCUCCAAGUUCGCCCCUAGUUCCCGGGACGGGGGCGGGGGCUACCCGGAUCUGUGUCUAGCUAGCCCCUCGUCGGCCGGAGGCGACUACCUGAGCUCGGAUGAGGACCUUCUCCCCAGCCCCAUCCCCCCCAAUGCCAUGUACCCUGCCCUGCCCCACCCCUCGGCCAGGCUGGACAGCGAGGGCAGCACCGACAGCGAAGCAGAGGCCCACCCGGACCACCCCCACCACGGCCCCUCGCAGCAGCUCUACACUAGCAUGGUGUGUGCUGAGGUCCUGGACAACUGAGCCAUGGAGGUCCCUGGAACUACCUGGUCCUGACCUAGACUACUAAAGAUACUGUACUCUGCAUCUCUUUAGUAUUAGAGAUGCUGUACUCACCCCAACUUUAUUGUACGACUGUUCUCACCCUAAACUCCUACUGUAACCUGUAAUGGACAUCCUCCCCUCCUCCUUCGCGUUGGUGCCAUGGUCUCUCCUCUUUUUGUCAUUCUCUUCUCUCCAUCUCCCCCUUUUACUUCUCUCUUCAGUUAUCCCUCUCUUUAUCUCCCUCUCUCUCCCUGAAUCUCUUUCUCCUCGACAUUAUCACCGACAGACCCUAUAUUCCCUAUGGGGGUAGAGUCAAUUCCAGUCUGAUUCCCCUCUCCUCUCCUGACCUGUCCUUGCCAUUAGUUUCCACACUGCACUCCGGACCUGAGUGAAGAACAGAUAACUUCAGUAUGCUCGCUCACUGUGCAGCAAGCAUAUCCUAUCCUCACAGAAAGCCGAGAAAACAAAAAAGGAUUGAAAAUUGACCCCAAAAAAUAGCUUUCAACUUUCAAUACUCCAACCAUACCACACAGCAGUGACUAUGAGAUGCAUCAAGACGUCACUUUGAUUAAAUGAUUCCCCUCAAGUUUGGAAGGACUUCCAUAUGGAUUUGGGAUCGGUAAAAGAUGAGAUGGAUGGAUGACUUGAUGGGCUUGACGCUGCUCGUCCCAUGAGCGAGAUGUGGAACACGCCGUCUCUCCAUCUCUCUCUCUUUCCUCCUCCUUUUCUCUCUCUCUCUCCAUCUCUCUCUUUCUGCCAUUCCAUCAUUCCAAGAAGAUCCAUUAGCCACCUGCACUGCCUGUUACAAUGGAAACAACCCUCCACUGUAACCUCACAAUGCACACUUCAAAACAAUGAGAGCGAGAGGGAAGGAAGGAUAGAGGUAGGAAAGGAGUAUGGUAUGGACUUGUACACAUCAAUAUCAUAGGGAUGUUACUAGAUGACAUCACAUGCAUAGAUCGAUAUUAACAAUUUAUCUUACUGAAAUUGUAUGUUGUGUGUGUCUCAAUGCCUUGCAAAUGAAACAAGGCAAGUGAAUUACGAUGGCUCAUGUCAACAACAACAAAAAUCUCAACGUUGCCAAAUCUUUUUUUUUCUGCUAUUAUUUAUGUUGUUAUUUAUUUUAAUCUUUUUUUAUAUAUAUAUCUCUACAAAUAUAAAUAUAUAGAUGGAUACCAACGGCGGCCAAACUUUAUACGUUUUAGUUCCUUUGGUCCUUUGUGCCAACUUGAAUCCUGAAGCUGAGGUGUCGUCCAUGACGAUGCAUGUCAGAGAGACCGAACGAAUGCGCUGCUAUGAUUUUCCUCCCUGUCUUCUUUUAAGUUAUGUUCUAUCUGCUCAACAUGCAGUUGAACUUUACAACCCCUUAGGAAUCAGGUGCGAGUGCGAAAACUACUGUGAAGAAAUUGUUGAACGGUUAAGGCUAGACUUCAUAAUGAUGUCUCUACCUAUGACUUAAGCAUGACUUAAGCAUGUGAGAGUACCCACACAUAAACAACUCCUUUUUAUAAUCUA